AUGAACGCCAUCAAGUUACAGAAAAAAUUCCCAGUUCUCACCCAGGAGGACAUUUUUGGUCUUUGCGACUCUUUCCAGCAACUGGAUGUCGAUGAGAAGGGAUACAUUGACAAGAAUGAGGUGAUCAAGGCUGUGGCCGCCUCUGGACGAGCCACCUACGACGAAAUCCGAGAAGCUGUUCGAGAGAACAUCGUGGACUCGUCGGGUCGAGUGGAGAUGGAUGACUACGUGGAGCUGCUGGCCAAGAUUAAGGAAGGUAAGGGAUCCAAUCCUAGUGUGCGACAGGCCCCUGCUUCGCCUGGACGAGCCAACACCAGCCGAAUUGUGGUUGGAGGAACUGCCUCUGGUACCCAACACACCAUCAACCAGGAGGAGCGAGAAGAGUUCACCCGUCACAUCAACUCGGUGUUGAGUGGUGACGCAGACAUUGGCGACCGACUACCCUUUCCCACAGACACAUUCCAGGUGUUUGAUGAGUGUCGAGACGGUCUUGUGCUGUCCAAGCUGAUCAACGACUCUGUACCCGACACCAUCGAUACUCGAGUUCUCAACUUCCCCCGAAAGAAAGCCCUCAACAAGUUCACCAUGACUGAGAACGCCAACAUUGUCAUCAACUCCGCCAAGGCCAUUGGUUGUGUGGUUGUCAACGUGCGAGCUGAGGACAUCAUCGACGGUAAGGAGCAUCUGAUUCUAGGUCUCAUCUGGCAGAUUAUCCGACGAGGUCUGCUGUCCAAGAUCGAUAUCAAGCACCAUCCCGAGCUUUACCGACUGCUGGAGGACGACGAGACUCUCGAGCAGUUCCUGCGUCUUCCCCCGGAGCAGAUCCUGCUGCGAUGGUUCAACUACCACCUCAAGGCUGCUGGCUGGAACCGACGGGUCAACAACUUCUCCAAGGACGUUUGUGACGGUGAGAACUACACAAUUCUCAUGAACCAGUUGAAACCCGAAGAGUGCUCUCGAGCUCCUCUUCAGACCCAGGAUCUGCUCCAGCGAGCCGAGGAGAUUCUCACCAACGCCGACAAGAUUGGGUGCAGAAAGUACCUGUCUCCCUCCGCACUGGUUUCUGGAAACCCCAAGCUUAACCUGGCCUUUGUUGCCCAUCUGUUCAACACCUGGCCCGGUCUGGACCCCCUGGAGGAGAACGAGAAGGUGGAUAUCGAAGACUUUGACGCCGAGGGCGAGCGAGAGGCUCGAGUCUUCACCUUGUGGCUUAAUUCACUCGAUGUGGAUCCCCCCGUCGUCUCGCUGUUCGAGGACCUCAAGGACGGAAACGUGCUGCUGCAGGCGUACGACAAGGUUAUUCCCGGAUCUGUCAACUGGAAGUUUGUUAACAAGCGUCCUGCUAACGGAAAUGAGCUCAUGACCUUCAAGGCCGUGGAGAACACCAACUACGCCGUGGAGAUUGGAAAAGCCAACAAGUUCUCACUGGUUGGAAUCGAAGGAAACGACAUUACGGAGGGCCAGAAGACUCUGACCCUGGGUCUGGUGUGGCAGCUGAUGCGACGAAACAUUGUGCUGACUCUGGCAAGUUUGUCGCAGGGCGGAAAGGAAGUGUCCGAUUCGGACAUGCUCAAGUGGGCCCAGGGCCAGGUCCAGAAGGGUGGCAAGAGCUCUACCGUGCGAUCCUUUAAGGACUCGUCGUUGGCCAAUGGUCACUUCCUGCUGGACGUGCUCAAUGGUCUCAAGCCUGGUUACGUUGACUACGACCUCGUUACGCCCGGUGACACUCCUGAGGAUCAGUACCUCAACGCCAAGCUGGCAAUCUCUAUCGCCCGAAAGUUGGGCGCACUGAUCUGGCUGGUUCCCGAGGAUAUCGUCGAGGUCCGAUCUCGACUGAUCCUGACCUUUAUCGGAUCUCUCAUGUCCAUCUGA